CUCCUGCAGGCGCUGAACAUCACCACCCACGUCCUGAAGAAAGGCGGCACCUUCGUGGCUAAAAUUUUCCGUGGCAAGGACGUGACCCUGCUCUACUCCCAGCUGCGCCUCUUCUUCCCCGACGUCACCUGCGCCAAGCCCCGCAGCAGCCGCAACUCCAGCAUCGAGGCUUUCGUGGUGUGCCGUGGCUACAGCCCCCCCGAGGGCUUCGUGCCCACCAUGGAGAACCCCCUGCUGGAGCCCGAGGCGGGGCUGUCCCUGGCCGCCCUCCCCGGCCCCUCCCGGGCCCUCGUUCCCUUCGUGGCCUGCGGGGACCUGAGCGCCUUCGACCCCGACCGCAGCUACCCCCUGCAGGUACUGGUGGGGUCGAUGACCUUGUACCAGGGGGGCAUCAGCCCCUCGAGCCGCGAGGCCUCGUAG